CAUGAUAAAUUACGUCAUAUUUAAGCGCGUAGUCACCGUUAGUAUUGACGCGAGUCCACGAUGUGCGGUGUUUUUCAAGCUGAGAUACAAGGACAAACUAUGCAUUUUUAAGUAGAAUGAAUAUAACAUUUAUUUGUAGAUCUGUCCACUGUUAUUCAUAACUUUCGGUUACUGUUGUACAGAGUUGUCCUGUUUUGAGGACAGGGAAGGCUGUUAGCUUAGCCUUUUAGCUAGCUAACAUUAGCAACAGGCCAAAUCGUGUGGAUUUCAGCUAGCUGAACCAGCUCAACUCAAAAUGAAGUGUCAUUACGAGGUGUUGGGUGUCAAAAGGGACGCGACUGAUGAUGAUAUGAAGAAGGUAUAUCGGAAAUUAGCCCUGAGAUGGCAUCCAGAUAAGAACUUGGACAGUGCAGAUGAGGCAGCUGAGCAGUUCAAACUGAUCCAGGCAGCCUAUGAAGUCCUGAGCGACCCACAGGAGAGAGCCUGGUAUGAUAACCACAGAGAGGCUCUCCUUAAAGGUGGGGUCAGCGGGGAGUAUGCUGAUGAAAGUGUUGACCUUGUCCAGUUCUUCACUGUCACCUGUUACUCUGGUUACGGGGAUGAUGAGGAGGGUUUCUACACAGUGUACAGAAACCUGUUUGAGUCCAUAACUACAGAAGAGAUGGAUCACAGUAAAGAGGAGGACGAGGAGGAAGAUGAGUACCCUUCGUUUGGAGACUCUCAGAGUGACUAUGACACAGUUCAUCUCUUCUACGCCUACUGGCAGAGCUUCUGCACCCGGAAGAAGUUUGCUUGGAAGGAGGACUAUGACACGAGGCAGGCCUCCAACCGCUGGGAGAAGAGGGCCAUGGAGAAAGAGAACAAGAAGGUCCGAGACAAGGCCAGGAAGGAGCGCAGCGAGCUAGUGCGCCAACUGGUGGCGUUUGUGCGUAAGCGUGACAAGAGGGUGCAGGUCCACAAGAAGCUGGUGGAGGAGCAGAACGCUGAGAAGGCCAAGAAAGUGGAGGAGCUACGACGCAAGCAAAAGCUGUCCCAGGCCAAACUGGCGGAGGAUUACAAGGAGCAGAGCUGGGUAGCCAUGUCUGAGAUGGAGAAGGAGCUGCAGCAGAUGGAGGCUCAGUACGGAAAGGAGUUUGGAGACGCGUCAGAGAGCGAGGAGGAGGACCAGGGAAGAGGGGAUGAACAGAAAGAUGAGACCGAGGAACUCCUGGAUGACUAUUAUGAUGACCUGUACUGCCCUGCAUGUGACAAAUCCUUCAAAUCAGACAAAGCAAUGAAGAAUCAUGAGAAAUCAAAGAAACAUAGAGAGAUGGUGGUAUUACUACGGCAACAACUGGAAGAAGAGGAUGAGACCCUCGGUCUGAAGGAUGAGGAUGGGGAAGAGGAGGAUGAAGAACUAGAAGAAGCACCAAGACAAAAGCUGUCUAAAAAGCAGAAGAAGAAAAAGAGACAACAGCAAAAUGGGCGGAGCCCCACCGAGGAGGUAGUAGAGAAGGACGCGGCCCCAGAGCCCACCUCCACCCCCACAGACAAUAGCCCAGAGAGCCCUCUAUCAACACAGACCAGCGGUGAGGCAGAGGACCCCCAGCCUGCCUCAGAGCCCCAGCAGGCAGCUGUGGACAAACCCUGUGAGGACCCAACAGAAGACGGACAGCAGGAGGAAGACCUCACAGCCACAGAACCAAAGAGCUCUGGAAAGACUAAGGGGAAGAAGAAUGGAGGGAAGGAGAGCAGAAAGAAUGUCCAACCACAGGAAGGUGUGGAGAAAGGAGGAGCAGAGGAGCUGAACCUGCGCUGUGUGACCUGUCACUAUGAGUUCUCUACCAGGAACAAACUGUUUGACCACCUGAAGACAACAGGACACGCUACAGCCGUGUCACACGGUGACAGUGCACCCGCCACGGGCAAGAGCAAGAAGGAUAAGAGGAAGAAUAGAUGAUGGGGGAUACAGGAGGGGCCAAAGACUAACACUAGCCACUGGGCUGUAGAGAUGGACGACUGUCUACUGUCUUACUAGAUAUUAUAGGAGGCCACUCAUGGUAUUGAAGGCCUGGAAUUUUAAAAAAACGUUAAAGAUUGUCUGAAAAGGAGUUGAAGACUGUCUGGUUGCUGUUUUUAGGUUUUUGCAUGUUAGAAAACAAUCAAUACGUCCAGUCAUGGAGGACUGGCCGUUGCCUGGUGAUCCUGCGUAGCCAACUCUUAUUGUCGUUGUCAUGCCAAAUGACCAUAGCAGUUGGCUUUGCAGCACAAACAGAUCUGAGACCUCCGGGCUAGACUGGAUAAAGGAGUUGUAGGGGAUGUUUCUGUCUGGCCAACCUCCACACCCUCUGUGUCUGGAGGUCUGUCUCAGGGUUGCCCCCUACAGAUAAUGUCAGGAAGUGAGCCAAGUCCAACUGAUAUCUAUUCCACCCUUCCAAUAUGACCAUGUUAGAGGUGCUGCCACUGUACCUGCUCAGAAGUACAUGCUGCACAAUUCAGCGUUGUGUCAACAACGUCCAUUUUGUGUCGACUGAUCCUUGGAAGUUUUGCAGCCGUUCUGGUCAGGGACAUUAAGCAACUGGACAUUAUUCCUGUUUUGAACGGUAUUGUGAUGCUGCUGCUCACUCAACGCUAUAUUUAUUCAAAUAACAAUCUGACCCCGUGUUAAAGCUUCCACUUUCUUAUAAAAAAAAAAGAUUCUGCAUAAACACUGACACGUUUCAUUGAAUUUGCCUGUAAAGAACAAGGCCCUCGCUGUUAAAGCUCCCAAUUCACAGCUUUAUUGACAACGUUUCCAUCCCAAACAGAUCUUUGUCAGGUUUUAAUUUUUAUUAAAAUAGAAACCUAGUCAAAGCAGUGAAUUGGGAGGUUUAACUGUGCGAGGGCCUUGUUCUUAAUUAGCCCAGAGCCUAAGUUUAAGGCUGUGCAUAUAAUUAACUUUUCAUUGAAUUUGCCACCAUGUCUGAUGAAUAAAUGUUUUGUGUUUAUGGCUCA